CCAUCUCUUACGCUCGCUGCCUCGCACUCGCUAUUAUUACUCGGCCUCCUCGCUCGCUUUUUAAGUAUCCCACCUUCCUCCGCACUUCCUCCCCAUGGCUUCGAUCUGCAGCGCCGUGGCCGCGACGGUCGCCCUCGUCCUCGCGUCGUCCGCGCUCCUCGCCGACGCUCGCAUCCCCGGCGUAUACACCGGCGGCCCGUGGCAGAGCGCCCACGCCACCUUCUACGGUGGCAGCGAUGCCUCCGGCACCAUGGGCGGGGCGUGUGGGUACGGGAACCUCUACAGCCAGGGGUACGGGGUGGAGACGGCGGCGCUGAGCACGGCGCUGUUCAACGACGGGCUCAGCUGUGGGGCGUGCUUUGAGAUCAAGUGCGCGGACGAUCCCCGGUGGUGCAAGGGCGGCAGCCCUUCCAUCUUCAUCACGGCCACCAACUUCUGCCCCCCCAACUACGCUCUCCCCUCCGAUGACGGCGGCUGGUGCAACCCGCCCCGUCCUCACUUCGACCUCGCCAUGCCCAUGUUCCUCAAGAUCGCCGAGUACCGCGCCGGCAUUGUCCCCGUCUCCUACCGCAGGGUGCCGUGCAGGAAGGCGGGCGGGAUACGGUUCACCAUCAACGGCUUCCAGUACUUCAACCUGGUGCUCAUCACCAACGUGGCCGGCGCCGGCGACAUCAUCCGCGCCAGCGUGAAGGGCUCCCGCACCGGGUGGAUGCCCAUGUCCCGCAACUGGGGCCAGAACUGGCAGUCCAACGCCGUCCUCGUCGGCCAGUCCCUCUCCUUCCGCGUCACCGGCAGCGACCACCGCACCUCCACCUCCUGGAACAUCGCCCCCGCCACCUGGCAGUUCGGCCAGACCUUCUCCGGCAAGAACUUCCGGGUCUGAACCCUUCCAGCGUUCUCAGUCGGUCAGUCAGUCCGCCCGUCCUCAUAUUGCUACAAGAGGUGAUGAAGAAGGCGGCGGCAAGACAGCAGUGCUGUCGUACGGGUUCCUCUGUGUCGAGUCGAGUCGAGUCGAGUCGAGUGCUUUAAGGCCUGUAAUGGUGUGUUAGCUAGUAGCGAUGAAGGCAGCAGCUGAAGUGACUGCAGACCAAAACGGAGCGUGUAGCCCGCAGCUGCUUAAAGACAUCAUCGUCCUAUUUGUGAUUGCAGUCUCAUGAAUGUGAUAAGUCCUAAGCGGAUGCGUCAUUCUCCAUUA